GAGAGAGGGAGAGAUUAAGAGAGAGAGGAGAGAGACAGAGAGGGAGAGAUUAAGGGAGAGAGAGGAGAGAGACAGAGAGGGAGAAAGUGAGGAGCGGGGGAGAGAGAGAGAGGGAGAGACGGAGAGGGAGAGACAGAGACAGAGAGGAAGAGAGGAGAGAGGGAGAGAGACAGAGUAGAAAAGAGAGAGAAAGGGAGAGAGAGGGAGAGAGGGAGAGGGAAGGAGAGAGAAGAGAAAAGAAGGGACAGAGAAAGGUAGAGAGAGAGGAGAGACAGAGAGGAGAGAGACAGAAAGAGGGAGAGAGAGAGAAAAAGAGAAGGGGAGAGGAGAGGGAGAGAGAGGGAGAGAGAGAGGGAGAAAGAGAAGGGGAGAGGAGAGGGAGAGACAGAGAGACAGGAGAGGAGAGGAGAGGAGAGGAGAGGAGAGGAGAGGAGAGGAGAGGAGAGGAGAGGAGAGGAGAGGAGAGGAGAGGAGAGGAGAAAGGAGAAGAGAGGAGAGAGAGAAAGGGAGAGAGAGAGAGAAGAGAGAGAGAGAGAGAGAAGAAGGAGAGAGAGAGAUGCCCGAUCCUGCUCAAUGGCGCUCCUUCUCGGAGUCCCUAAGACAGAGUUAGUCCCCGGCCCCCUGGCCAGCGGGAAUUGGGGCUGCCUCCUGCUGGGAACUUUCUGAGCAGCCUGUGUGUGCGGUUGGAUGGUGACGGUGCCUCCGUGGGGAUGAGUGACGGAAGCCCGGAGCUCCUAGCAACCAGCCAGAACUACAACAGCCAGAGCGAGAGCAACGAGGACUAUGAGAUCCCCCCGAUAACGCCCCCCAACCUCCCCGAGCCGUCGCUCCUGCACCUGGGAGACCACGAGGCCAGUUACCACUCGCUGUGCCACGGCCUGACGCCCAACGGCCUGCUCCCUGCCUACCCCUACCAGGCCAUGGACCUGCCGGCCAUCAUGGUGUCCAACAUGCUGGCCCAGGACGGCCACCUGCUCUCCGGCCAGCUGCCCACGAUCCAGGAGAUGGUGCACUCGGACCUGGGCAGCUACGACGCGGGCCGGCCGGGGCCGCUGCUGGGCCGCCCGGCCGUGCUCCCCGGCCCGGUGGGCGCCCUCGGCCCGUCGCAGCUCAUCUCGCAGAUGGGCCGCCUCCGCGGCAGCGUCCCGCACGGCUCCCCGUCGCCCCCCGGGAGCAAGUCCGCCACCCCGUCCCCCUCCAGCUCCACCCAGGAGGAGGACUCGGAAGCGCAUUUCAAGAUCUCGGGAGAGAAGAGACCCUCCACGGACCCAGGGAAAAAGGCCAAGAACCCAAAGAAGAAGAAGAAGAAGGACCCCAACGAGCCGCAGAAGCCCGUGUCCGCCUACGCCCUCUUCUUCAGGGACACCCAGGCAGCCAUCAAGGGGCAGAACCCCAGCGCCACCUUUGGGGACGUGUCCAAAAUCGUGGCGUCCAUGUGGGACAGCUUGGGAGAGGAGCAGAAGCAGGCCUACAAGAGGAAAACCGAAGCGGCCAAGAAGGAGUAUCUGAAGGCGCUGGCCGCCUACAGGGCCAGCCUCGUCUCCAAGAGCUCUCCAGACCAGGGGGAGACCAAGAGCGCCCAGGCCAACCCGCCCGCCAAGAUGCUGCCGCCGAAGCAGCCCAUGUACGCCGUGCCCGGCCUGGCGCCCUUCCUGACGCCGUCCGAGCUGCAGGCCUUCUGUGGCGGGGCCUCUCCCGCCAGCCUCGCCCGGACGCUCGGCUCCAAGUCGCUGUUGCCGGGCCUCAGUGCCUCCCCGCCGCCCCCCUCCUUCCCGCUCAGCCCCCCGCUGCACCAGCAGCUGCCCCUGGCCCCCCACGCACAGGGCGCCCUCCUCAGCCCCCCCGUCAGCAUGUCCCCGGCCCCGCAGCCCCCAGUCCUGCCCACCCCCAUGGCACUCCAGGUGCAGCUGGCGAUGAGCCCGUCGCCCCCAGGGCCCCAGGACUUUCCUCACCUCCCGGAGUUCCCCAGCAGCUCGGGGUCCCGCUCCCCCGGCCCGGCGAACCCCACGAGCAGCGGAGACUGGGACAGCAGUUACCCCAGCGGGGAGUGUGGCGUCAGCACCUGCAGCCUGCUCCCCCGGGAGAAAUCACUCUACCUCACCUAAGGCGGCGGCUCUCGGCCCUGAGGCUCGCAGCAAGGGCGCUGCCCAGAGCCGGGACCCCCGGGGGGGCAGCGCCGCCCGGCAGGAGGCGGGAGGCAGGAGCCGAGAGCGAGGGCAACCCGUGCCCGGGGACGGACGCUCCUGCCCCUCCAGCCCCGGACUCCGAGGAGGUGCCCAGCGCCCGCCCCCGAGAACCCGCCCGCUUGCUCCAGGCCCCGCGACCACCCCGUCAUCUGCCCCUCGGCCCAGACGCCCGGCCUCAGCCCCCCCAGCUCAACACCCCCCCACCCCCAGCCCAGAGCCCGCCCGCCCGGGCACAGCCAGGCCCGGGGCCAGCGUGAGGAGGCGGCCGCCCGCCCGUGUGUGUAGAGUCCGUGUUUUUAGACUGUGCUGAAGACUUCUGUAUUAUUUUGUGGGGGGAAGAAAUGUAGUUUCCCGAACGGCGAGAAGCGUUUUCUAUGGCUCCUAGCGCCUCUGUGGUUUGGGUUUUGCAGUGUGACCUGGCGGGAGACGCCCCCGGCCUCCCCGGCCCGUGCCCGUGUCCGUCGCUUCCCAACGGCCCAGGGGGACUUGCCCCCAGGAGCGGGGCAGGCGGAGGGGGCUCCCGUGCGGGGGGUUGGGGUGAUGGGGAAGGGGUU